GUCCCCCCCGUGAGCGCUCUCCGCUCCUUUCGCUCCGUCUGUGGGUUCGCUAUGCUGCGGUCUUCCCUGCACCCUGCACGGCACCGGAGCACCCGCGGGACCCAGCCCGACUGCAGCCCGCCUCUGCACAGAUCGAGUCUCACCUGGAGAUUAUUACCCACAGUGCACUACAGCAACGCCGGCUUGCACUGAACCGUGAUUGGCUGAGACGUGGGAGCGCCACGAGCUGAUUGGACGAGAGCUUUUUGCCUGCAAGAUCACCUGAGGUCACCAGAGAUCACCUGAGGUCACCAGAGAUCACCUGAGGUCACCUGAGGACACCAAAAGUCACCUGAGGUCACCUGAGGACACCAGAGAUCACCUGAGGUCACCAGAGAUCACCUGAGGUCACCAGAGAUCACCUGAGAUCACCUGAGGUCACCAGAGAUCACCUGAGGUCACCAGAGAUCACCUGAGGUCACCAGAGAUCACCUGAGGUCACCUGAGGACACCAAAAGUCACCUGAGGUCACCUGAGGUCACCAGAGAUCACCUGAGGUCACCAGAGAUCACCUGAGGUCACCAGAGAUCACCUCAGGUCACCAAAGAUCACCUCAGGUCACCUGAGGACACCAAAAGUCACCUGAGGUCACCUGAGGACACUGGAAAUCACCUGAGGUCACCUGAGGACACCGGAAGUCACGUGAGGUGUGACUCCCACUUGCUGCUGUAGUUCCAGUUCUUGGUGCCUUGCUCAAAGGCACAUCAGAUGAUGAGAACCUUCAACCUGUGACCGCUGCUCUGUCAGCCGGUGAUGCUGCUCUACGCUGCGUUUGGAAGCUGACCCCAGUGCUCCCGUCUGCUCCUCCGAACCAGUGCCCGAAACCAGCCCUAAAUAAGCCAAAAAAACACCACACCUUCACCAGCACAAACCCACAAGCCAGCAGAACCAUGUCCUGUCGCCGCAAGAACAGCAACCCAUGCAUGGUCCGAACGCCCGAGAACCAGGAGAACCAGGAGAACCCGGAGAAUCAGGAGAACCCGGAGAAUCAGGAGAACCCGGAGAACCUGGAGGACUCUGAGAGCCAGGAGAAUCAGGAAAAUCAGGAAAACCAGGAGAAUCAGGAGAACCAAGAGAACCAGGAGCAGAGCGCAGAGGAGAGCAUGGACCUCCAAAUGGAUCAGGAUUUAUCCGAGAAAGAACAGUCUGAAAACUCUGACUGUGAUGAGAAAAAUGUCAGGAAACCGGAAGAGGACAAAAUGGAGGACAACAAACAAAAUGGCGACCAGCUUUUGAGUAAGGAAGAGGAGGGAGAGAACCAGGCUACAGAUGCUGUCAAAACUCAAACGAAAGAGUUUGAAUGUAAGUACUGCUCGUUCACGACACUAAACCUGACGGACUUUAAGGAGCAUGUGGACUCCAGUCACCCGGGGGUCAUCCUGAAUCCCGUCUAUCUGUGCGUCGCCUGUAACUUCAGAACCAGAAAGUUUGAUUCUCUGACAGAGCACAACGAGGAAGCACACCCCGGCGACGCCAACUUUAAGUACCGCAGGGUGAGCGAGGAUGGACACGUGCUUCUGGAGCAGACUAUCGAGGAGAGUGAGGAUGUAUCAGCUGAGGGCGGGAGCAUCUCCACCACAGUGAUGAGCCCGGACACUCUGCUAAAUACUGUCGACGCUAAUGACUCUAAUGACACUAAUGAUGCUAAAGGACCCUCGGAGCAGAUCCGCGCGGUCAGUAUAAACGGGACCGUGAUCAUCCCGGAGCCGAACAUACUGCAGGACACGUCGCACGUUUCUCCAAUGCUCCAGCGACCUCCAAACUUCAGCAGUGUUCCUCAGAUCGCUGUUCCUCUGAACACAUCCAAGUACAACCCCUCGCUGGAUGACAACAUGACGCUCAUUGCUUCCUUCAACAGGUUCCCGUACCCGACGCAUGCAGAGCUGUCAUGGCUGACGGCGGCAUCCAAACAUCCCGAGGAGCAGAUCAAAGUGUGGUUCACCACGCAGCGUCUGAAGCAGGGCAUCACGUGGUCUCCAGAGGAGGUGGAAGAGGCACGAAAGAAGAUGUUCAACGGGUCCAUCCCUCCGAACCACAACACUUUCACCGUUCUGCCCACAAGUCCAGUUGCCAAGGCAAUGGUGCACAACAGCCCCGUCACCAAGGCAACAGUCCACACGACCACCGUGGAGCCACAGAGGAACGGAACGUCCAUCAGCUCUGUGUCCAACUCUGUGUCAAAUGGACUCAAGCGGAUCCUCAACGCACCGGCUUUCGGCCCGGACGCCAAACGGCCCGUCAUGGCCGUGGCACCGAACCCUGGAGAGAAAGGAAUCAUGGCCCCGCCCCCUCUGCCCCCACCGCUGCAAAAACCCUUCGACGCCAAACGAGCUAAUGCUAAUGAAAUCAAACGCCCCGUGCCUUUACUGCAGCCGCCGCCGAAUCCACAGAAAAACAAAAUGGUGCCCAAUGUUCCGAACAACUCCAAAAUGAAGCCGCUGGUGUCGAUGCCAUCCAUCGUGUUUCCGGAGUCUCUGACGCGGCCGAUGAUAGCCCCACCCCCCAUAUUUGCCCCGCCCUUUAAAAGCAGCAUCCUAGUCCCGAGGACGGCCAAGGAGAAGGCUCAGAUUUCUUUACCCAAUGGUAUACUAACGAACUCUGCACCGCUAAUCCCACCGCAGAUACGGCGCCCAGCCAUUAUCCAAUCGAUCCGAGGAAAUCCGAACAUGCCACAGAGCUUCGGCGGACUGGAGGGGGUGCCGCUGAGCGAGCAGAACGGAGGAGACGUGAAUAAUGCAAGCUUUAAUGGGGCGUGGCCCGAGCCAGGUCCUCAGAGUAACGGACAUUUGGAGGACGCUAAGAACGAUCUGCAGAAGGCCAGCGUCCUCACACAGUUCCCGCUCCUGGAGCGGAUGAAGGGGAAGAGCUCCGAGCAGCUCAAGGUACUGGAGGAGAACUUCCUGAGGAACAGUUUUCCAUCUCAUGGCGAGGCAGAGGCGCUGGCAGUCGCGACGCGUCUGUCUCUGCAGGAGGUGGAGAGCUGGUUUGGAGAGCGUCGAGCUCUCAGAGAUAACCUCGAGCAGGCUCUUCUCAACUCUAUGGGGACCAAACGCCAUGGCAACGGGAGCAACGGGAGCGUGCACGGAGCCGCGGACAAGCACAACGGGCUUAAGGCGGGAGGGCAUCUGGGCUACACGCUCAACAGAGUCCCGGAGGAGUUUGUGUCGAGGUGGUCAUUCGCAGACGACCUGAGCCAGCGCUGGUUCAACGGUAAAACAGGAAGUGUGCUGCCCAGCUCUGAUCUGAUUGGCCCGCGCUGCCAGGACCUGACCAAUGGGAGUAACGGAAGAGCACAGGAGGCGGAGCUAAACUGGUUCAACAAAAACCUGAGCGCUCCACAACAUGACCUCCUCAGAUAUCGCCAGCCCUCUUUGGACCUGCAGACCGGGGGAGUGUUCGGGAGGUGGAUGGACCGAAGACACGACUUGAGUGAAGAGUCCAGCGGCUAAGGUGCAGGGGAACCUGAAGAAGGACCCGUCACAAUAAGAGCUCGUCAAACUCAAGCUUUUAUUUUGACGGUGCAGACUGCUGGGUGGAUCCAAGAUCGAGGACGAGGUCUGGCUCACGAUCUGGGAAAAAGAGUUUAGUUUCCACAAAAUGAUCAAACACGGAAAUACGUCCUUUAGAUUUAGUGUGGUUUUAGAAUCACAUAAAAAAUAUUCAGAAAAGUGGAAUCAUUUUAAGAAUUCUGGCUUUUAGUUUCUGUAAGAUUUUUCACUUCAAACUGCAAACACAAAAAUAUUUAGAUUAGUCUCACGUGAAUUAAAUUUGAAUAAUUCACAUUUCAUAAUUUGUCGUUUUAUGCUGGUAAUAAUCUGACAGUUUAAAUAUAUUAUGUUAUUAAUCACAAUAGGAAAUUUAAGUGUAAUUCUAAAAGAACAUUUUAUUACAAAUUUAAAUUCAUCAAAUGUUUCUUGAAAAGAAGAAAGACAUGUUUUAUUCCCAGAUUGUGACAUUUAAAUCUUUGUUUUGAAAAGACUCUUUGUGCCUGAAUCAGCAGCAGAACUACAAAACCACGACACAAAACGACACCUUUGUGGACUUUGUUGAUCUGGUGGAGACAGACGCCGGUCGUGUCGAGUGCCAAAGCUGCUCCAAAAUGGCGGCUCCAAAAUGGCGGCUCCAUCCUGUAAAUAGAAACUUUCCCAGAAUUUUCACAUUUUGGGAAAAUGAAAAGUUUUGUUACAUUUUUUGUAAAAAGAGCGAAGCGCCCCCUGAAUCCUCAGCCCAACGUUUUCAUUUCCCAAAACUGAAAUUUACGUUUAAAAAAACAAAAACAAAUUUUCAAAUGAAUUCAUUCUGAACUUUUGAUUUUAUUUUCCUCCAUUAUUCCUAAAGCAGCACCUGCACUUUUAGUUUAAAAAAAAAAUCUAUUGCACUUAAUUUUCAAACUUUUCUUGUUUGAAAUUUUGCACUUUUAAAAAAAUAGAAUUCAGAUUUUAUGAAUUACUUUUACCUUGAGGCAUAUUUGAUUGUUCAAAAUUUUAAUUAAGUGUUCAAUUACUUUUUCAAAAUCAUCUCCAAACAAUUAAAACAAUUACACUUGAGGGGUUAUUCUGCAAUUUAUUUAAUUUUUUCAUUCUCCCAUACAGUCUGCAGUACGAGCCUGUACAAGGCUCCGCCCACAAGCCUAUGUCACCCAUACGUUGUUUUCAGUAAAAAUAGCAUUUUCAAAGGAAUCAAAGGUAACAUGGAGAUCUAAAUAUGUUCUGUGUUACCGUUAAUCCUCCAUAGAAGUCAAAUUCUCCCUCUUUAAGAACAUUUUGAAAUGUGCCUCAAUCAUAAAACACAAAUGGAUCAUUCUUUCAUUGUCACUAUUUCAUUUGAAUUUUUGAAUCUUUUUCUAGUUUGGUGUUUCUUCCUGAAACCAGCAGAGAUGUGGCGUUUAAGUGUCACUCAAAUAAUAAUAAAAUGUGCACCUUAAGCUGAAGCCAUUUAACCCGACCAGGUCCAGAGACUGUGAGCCCAGCAUGAACGAACCCCAUCUGCUCCAAACGAUCACUGCACCUUUUACUUUACAUUUAGUCUCAUCAAGCAAGUGCCUCUUUCAAAUGUCCCCAACCCAAAAUCCCAAAUGUUUUUCCUCAUCAUUUUCAUCGUUGGUUUAUUACGUUUAUUUCUCCUGACAGAAAAGACACUGAACUUUGUGCCAGUUUUGAUUUCAUGUGGAUAUGCCCAAUAUUUCCAGAGAUAUGAACCAUAAACCAGGUCGACAUGUUUUUGUUAAGACAUUUAGCCACUCCAGUAGAUCACAGCUACACCACUGCACCAGGCCCGGAAACUAGACUCCCGGUCUCGUCCUAGUAGAGCCCUGGUUCAGUCCUGGUUUAGUCCCACUGUAUUCCCACUUUGAUCCUGGUGUAGUCCUGGUGUAGUCCUGGUGUAGUCCCGAUUUAGUCCCGGUGUAGUCCCGGUGUAGUCCCGGUGUAGUCCCGGUGUAGUCCCGGUGUUGUCCUGGUUUUGUCCUGGUUUGACGCCUUAAACUCAGAUACAUUUGUGUUCAAACUGGACCUGGUCUGAAAUAUGUAGCAGAAUUCAUGUUUGCGUCAUUCCAUUUUGUCCAAUCGGCUGAGAGCAAACUGAGGAGGAGGCGGGGCUAACUUCGCUCCUAAAAGCGCACCUUUUGGACCUGUUUUUACGUCUCUGUGAAGUGCAUUAUAUCAUCAUGACAUCAUCAUGACAUCAUGGUGACAUCACUGUUGGACUGUAGCCACACCCGUCUGAGGAGGAAGCGCCGUGGACGCUGUGGAUCAUGUGACGCUGAACAAAGAAAAAAACAAACAUGAAAAUCUAGUUGAAAAAAACACAGUGGAAAAAGGUUCAAAGUUUCACAGAAUCAAACUGGGCCGUGCUCACACCCAGAGGAGGAGUUUACUUUUGAAUUACAAAUAUUCCACAUUUUUAAACAAAAUCUCAAAUUUCAUCAUUUAAACUUAGUGUCAUCUGCUAUUAAAUCUACAACAUUUUAAAAGUAAAAAAGUAAUAAUACAUUUUGGUUGCGUAAAGUUGAAAGGAUUUGAACUGGUGGCCGUCUGGUUUGAGCUUGAAAGCUCAUGGGUGCAGACUCCGCCCACAUGUCCCUCACCAUUUUCAUGAAUUUACUUUAUAAACCUUUUAAUGACACUUUCUGUCCACUGUGGCCUCACUCUGCUGUUUUCAAAGGCCAGAAAGUGCAUUUCAAAUGGUAAAAUAAAUAAAUAAAUAAACAUUUCUAAAAAUGUCAUGCUUGUGUAGGAAAAUUAUCUAAAAUAUUUAGUGACAGCAUGUUUUUAACUGCUUGUACGACUGUCCAAUCUUGCGACUGUGCGAGGGUCCGACUGUGCGACGAGGGCGCGAGGGCUUUUGGGUGGAGGCAUGUCCCGCGAGGGUCCUCUGGGUGGAGGUCUGCAGCCAGAGCACAUCUCCACCCACUGCUCCAACGCCACAGUCCAACUUCAAUGUGACACAAGAAAAUCCAGUUUUCCACCAACUAUUCUGCAGCUAUUUUAACUAAUGUCAAAGAUUUUUAUCAUUUAUAAAACAAAACCGGUUUAGACCUGGUUUAAUCCUGGUUUAAUCCUGGUUUAAUCCUGGUUUAGUUCUGGUUUAGUUCUGGUUUAGGCCUGGUUUAGGCCUUGAGUUAAGUAUGCAGUGUGAUUUCAAAACAUGUGAAAAUAAAAUGUAAAUUUUAUUCAGUGGAAUAACAUUUUUAUGAAGUCACAUAUAUUUAAAAUUCUUUAUUAUUUUGUUUACAUUUUCACAUAUUUUGCACUAAAUUAAGACUGAAUCAGAUUUUUAUGCUUAAUUGAAAACAGAUCCACUUUUCUCUUAUCUUGGUGUGAGCGCGGCCACAUCCAGAUCCAACUCUCCGUCUCCUACUUCCUCAUCUCUUUUCCUACUUCCUUGUCUCCUUUCCUACUUGUCUCCUUUCCUAAUUCCUUGUCUCUUUUCCUUGUUCCUUGUCUCCUUUCCUCUGUCGUUGUGCCGCUCAAAAACAAACAGUAAAAAACAGUGAGAUUGAAGUAUUUUCUGCUGUAGCUUUAGAGCUUCACAAAAACAAAACUCAAAUGCUUUUGGUCCCAGGCCCGAGUCGCAGCUUCCCGCCACAGACUGUAGAAAUGCACAAGUAACGAGCUCGCUGCCGCCUUCCAAACAGGAAGUGAGCACGGCUGUGAUUUGGUUCCGUGGACUCUGCAGUGAGCCUCAUCCUUUUGGUCUUCAAAUGUUCACAUUAAGCCGCUCUACAUGAUCCUGCGGUUUUAUUUCACUAUUGUCCGUAAAUAAAUAUUCUCUGCUCCAAAUUCACCCCAUAACCACCAGCUUCUGUGAGCUUCAUUUGACUGGAUCUGAAGACUGUGGGUGACGUCACACUCCCUCACAACAUUUGUUUAUACAGUCUGUGGUCACAAAGGAACGACACAAUCGCUAAGAAAAGAAAAUAUAAGAAAAAAAAGAAAAAAAGAGGCAGAAAUAUGGAUUUUAUAGAGAAACCAGGUCAUAUUAUUUUAGUUUGAAAAUAUUUGGAACAAUUUAUACCAGACGUCUUUUUGUAGUCCUCCAUUUAUAUUACAGUGUAGACCUGGUUUAGACCUGGUUUAGAUCUGGUUUAGACCUGGUUUAGUCCUGGUUUAGUCCUGGUUUAGACCUGGUUUAGUCCUGGUUUAGACCUGGUUUAGUCCUGGUUUAGUCCUAUUUUAGUCCUUGUGAAGUAAAAUGAUUUAAUUAGUAUUAAUCAUAUAAUCGUUUGUUUGUUUGUUUGUAAUUUGUCAGAUUUUAGAUAAGUAGUUUUACAAAACUCCAAAUCCAGGUGUCAAUAUUCAAAAUGAUGAUUAUUAUUAUUUUAUUUUAUUUUUUAUUUUUUUUGCCUUAACUCAGUUGAAAUAUUUGUGCCUCUGUUGAGAAGAGUGAAAUGUCCAAGCGUGUUGUGUGUUCUGUGUGUGACUCGGGCCUGGUCUCUGGUCUCUGGUCUCUGGCCUCUGGUCUCUGGUCUCUGGUCUCUGGUUUCUGCUUGUGCUGCCUGUGCUCUGGUGUGUGAGCAGAACUGCCCUCAGCCUGAACUCCAAUGUAAAAAAGAUUUAAAUAUUUCAGGAAUUUAUUUUUCUGAAAUUGUACAGAUUUAAACGUUUAUUUUUCUGCUGAAACGUGGAAUGUAUCUCACACCGCAACGAAUGUCAGCGAGGAGCGGCUCCAGCAGGACGAAAGUACUGAUUCAGGAUUCACAAAUGAUCCCAGUUUAGACGUUUUAUUCACAAACAAAUAAUAAAUAGAUUGAACUUUUUCACCCUAUUUGAUCUGUACAAAUUGGAGACUGUGAGCAGCUUUGAAAAGGUGAGUUUUAAGUAGGAUUUGAAAAUGUCUCGAGUCCAGAGAUUUUAGGGUGAAAUAUAAAGAGCAGUUUAAAGUGUUUUCUCAGCCUCAUGGAACAUUCAGAUGUACAGUGACACACGUUGACGCUCCAGCACAUGGCACAAACACUGUCGACUUUUGUCCCUCAACUGGAGCCACUCCUCGUCUUUCAGCUCAACGCCGAGUUCCCUCAAAAACACCAAAUCUGCAUUUCAUUUAUUCACUGUUUCAUUUGCCUUUUGUGCAAUUACGAUGACAGUUUUUUUUUGUUUUUUUUUUUUCUUUUUUUAAGAUCUUCAUCAGGAAUUUCCCACUUAAUUAAAAUUUUACAAAAAUGUAUUACAUUUCAAAUAAUAUUAAACUAAUUAUAAUUGUAAUUUUGAAAUCUGUCAAAUUGGAAGGCCUUUUGUCUCGGUCCAAAACCACACAUUCAACUCUGUGCUUUAUUACGACUUCUGUUUUUAUUAUUUUAAUAUUUUUUUUUAUUUUAAAAAAGUUUUCAUUUUUGCUUGUAUUUUUAAAAUGUUAUAGUUUUUUUUUGUUUCCAAAAUGUCCUGAAAAUAUAAUAAAGAAACCCCUCUAAAAGUGCACAGAUGUUGAAUGUGAUGGUUUAUUUUGGGCCUUUGAAUCACAGGCCUGAAACAUGAAAACAUCUGAGCACAAUUCAUCUUUAAGAAGAGACACUUCAGGCACAACUCCGUAUUUUCAGUCAUUUCAGUGUUUUCAGUGUUUUGGUCAGUUUGGUCUGAGCACUCAGGCUUUUGUCCACUCUGCACCCAAACACGUUUCAGACAGAAGUGAGUCCGGCUGCAGCUGUAUGCUCACAAAGUGUGUGAAAUAGAAACACCUUUCACAAAAGGCAUUUUUCUCCUGUAGGGACAUAAAGACAUGGGGACAUGGGGAUAGCUUCAUUUUUAUAUGAAAACAUAACAUGACAUAAACUUGUAAUACAUUUUGUCCUCACUUUUGUGUGAGUAAAGUACAGAUUUCUUUUUUAUGCAGCUGCAGCGUCUCGCCUUAAAUUAUGGAAUAAUGAAAUUAUUCUGGUGCAAAAAUAUGAAUACUCUUUUCUUAGAUUUAUGUAACUCAUUUUUUAUUUAAAUAUUGAAACUGAAGUGUCCACAUGUGCCCAUCGGUGUGCAGCGUCGUCUUGUGUGUGAGUGUGUGUGAGCGGCGUGUGUGAGCUGCUGUGUGUUUUUGAGACUCGGCUCCUCUCUCUCUCUCUGUGACGCUGAGGCCAGUUCUGCUUCAAAAUAAAACCAAUAUUCAACUUUCAGUGUUUCUGCUCCUGGAUCACAGACGCCGAGCCACGUCACACGAACCCCCAAAACCAGUUUCUAUCCGCUCUGAACCGCUCCACAUCCGGACUAAACUCAUCAGAAACCCCCACUUCAGAACAUGACCCACACGGGAGGGCAUCUGGUUUGUGGCGUGGCUCGGUGCAGAGCUCUGUACUCUCUGUAUUUGAAUAAAAGACUUUUAAGAGUU